UGUCGACACAACCUAAUAAUAAAAACAAGAAAUGUACGUGCAGUUGUUCGCAUGCGCUUUUCGGUUUUGCUUUUAUAACAAUAUUGGCUACCACUAAUAUGGAAUUAAAAACAAGUAACGUACUUUUUAGUCAGCGCUUCAUGCUAUAAGAAAUUAGGCCUAAUUGUUCGUAGAAAAUUGAUAUUAAAUUUGCUUUUUGAGUUAUCAAAACAUUUUAAAACCAUAAUAUUAUCGAAAAAUAUUAGAUUGUUUAGCUUUUUAUACUAUUUAAUCUUUUAAGGCUAAGGGUUUGCUUUCUAUAAAAUAAUUAAAACCCGCAUUUAGUUAACAAAUAUAUAACGAAACCAAAAAUUAUUUCACGAAAGUUGAUAACGGAUAUUAUGGCUCUAAGCAUGUGCGUACAAAAGCAUUAGCUCGACAAUGAUUCCGUCACCAUCAGCUGUUUGACGGUGUUGUGUACCUUCUGUCAAUAGGUUGCCAUAGAAACUGCAAAACAAGGGCUAUACGAAAAUGUAUUGCUUUCAGUGGUCAUGACACAAUAUUUGGGAAGAAAUUAUGCCUCUGGUAUAAUGUGUCACGUGACUAAAAUUGAGUUCGUAUUCAGCUUACUUUUGUUUACAUGAAUCAUGCCGUGUUUAUAAUUUUCUGGCAUUUUUGUAAUGGACUGUACUAAAUGGACUAUGAUACUUGUGUUAGAACUAUGAGUUAAGAGUUCAAUGACUGUCUGAAAAUGAUGUUAUAUUUAGUCAGACGCUAUGAGUUGUAAAUGGUGCUGUUUUCCUGUGGAUUGUUCCUGUCCCAUAGGUUUAAUAAGAAGAUAUUCUUCAAGGGCUAAAAACAGGAAAAUAGUGCUGUUACUAGUUGGUUUGGACAAUGCAGGAAAAUCCUCAACUGCAAAAGGAUUGGCUCGAGAACCUGUUGAUGACACAGUUCCAACUGUAGGAUUUAACUCCAUUACGCUUAAGCACCGAGGCUUCACUGUACUCAUCUAUGACCUAGGUGGCAGUUCACAGAUCAGAGGCAUCUGGCACAGGUAUUUUGUUGAUGUCCAUGGAAUCAUCUUCGUUGUCGAUGCCAGUGAUCUGUUGAGAAUUGAUGAGAGCAGAAAAGUGCUCGAGGAACUGUUGGCUCACGAUAAACUUGCUGGGAAGCCCUUGUUGUUACUGGCAAACAAACAAGACCGGGAGGGUGCUCUGGACGAGAUUGACAUCGUGGAAAGGCUAAAUGUGGAAAGCUUAGUGAACCAGCAGAAGUGUCCUACGCUGGUGGAGACAUGCUCUGCUGCUGGCGCCCCUGGUGGCCACAAGCCACACCUUGACAGCGGCAUCCAAAAUGGCUACCGGUGGCUGAUGAGACGGAUUAUCAGUGACUACGACCUGCUGAAUGCUCGUGUGGAGCAGGACAUGGAGAAGGAGAGGCUAGUCCACGAGGCCGAGCGGCAGGAGUGGCUGAAGCGGCAGGACACGGAUCAUCAGAUAGACAGCAUUCCUUCCGAGUACGAGGAGAACCCUUUCAAACCCAUCAGCACGUUGGUGAACGGUCAUGUGUCGAAGUUGACCACGGAGAAUCACGUUAACGGGCAUGUGGUGCAAGUGGAACCCCUAUCAGAGUCAGGGUCUAAUGAUAGUCCAGACGGUAGCAGUCACACUGUGGAGGAGGAAGGGGUGUACAUCCCCCUCCACAGUCCUACCUCCCCCUCUCCACCCACCCCUCACGAGCCUGAUGUACUUGUUGUCAGUCAGCCACAGCCAGCUGACGUCGUCCUUGCUGUUAAAGAGCAAUUUGAAUGGAAGAUGCAGAAACAAAAGAAAAAACUUCUGGUACUUCGAUCCAACCGCACAGCUCCCACUUCUGCCAAAUCCUUUGCAGGGGAGAGAGUAUUGCCUCCGCUCAAGACCACUGGAGCUUGCAACUGGGCCAGACCUAGCACAGCCAAGUCCCUCCCUUCACAAGGAUGGGGACUAGGCCUGUCCUUGGAGGAGGUAAACCCUCCACAGGACAGUUCUCUCAAGCUGGAAGUCCUCCAGUCUGCCAGGACUCUGGCCACGACCUCCGGAUCAGACACAGAUGACAAUGAUGUCAUCUGUGUCAAGAGCUCUGGCAGCAGCUGAUCUCUUCACUGUGGUGGCCAUACUCGUGUAACACACUCCCUCAACUGUCAAUGCCCUCCACACUAUCUAGUCAACAGAGGAUCUCCACAACUCCAGUGAUAUUUUGUAGAUUUUUUAUUUUUGUAUAUUUUGCAAACUAAAUAUAGUUUCUUGUUUUA